GGCCUCGGAGCGCUGCCGCCGUCCGGGACGUGCGCUGAGCUCUGCGCUGCGGACGCCGUGAGUCGGGCGCUGCGGAAGCGGCGUUCGGGCCGGUGGUGGCGGGGGGGGUUCGCCGCGGGUCGGGGCUGCGGGAGGUCGGGGCCACCCCCACGUAGCGGCGGGGACCCCGCGGCGGCCGCAGGGAUCCCCGGUGGCGGUCGGUGGGACGCGGGAGGACGGAUCCCCGCGCACAAUGCGUCGGCCCCGCUCCUGAGCCGGCAGCCGGAGCCCCUUUCCCAGCGCCGAGCGCCUUUGUCUCGCCUUUGUGAUGGAAAGAGUCCCUCCUAAAUCAAUGCCAUGACACCGGCAUUGUCUCCUCGCUAGGAGUUUUUAAACUUUUCCCCCCCGAGGUCAGGAAUGUGGCCGGGUUCUAUGGGGACGGAGGAGCACGGGUGGGUGGGGGGCUGCGGGGUCACGCUGGCUCGGCGGGUCAGCCGAAAACAAAACCUUUUGAAAUACCUACCCUCCAUCACUGCCAACAUUGUCCCCUGCCAGCAGGGGCCUGGCACGGCCCUUCAAUGCCUCUAGCCCGGCCGCUGUCCACCCCAGCGGUCAGCAUCUGGGAGCGGACAGAAGGGCAUUGUGCGGGGACAGCUUUGUUUUCGGUCACAGCUGCCCGGGCUGGGACGGGGCCGACCCGAAGUGCCGGUGGGUGGGAGAGGAAGGAGGGGACGGAGGGGACGGCAGCGCACGGGUCAGCGCCUCGCGGGGGGGACCCGUCCCGUCGGUGCCGGUUGGGGCACUCUGAUGUCACCGUCCAUCCAAGGGGUGCAGUGGGGGACGGAGCGUGGGGCGCCCUGUGGGGCUGGCACUGCCGCUGUGGGACCAGGACAGCCCAGGGCUGGGUGCACUGGUGGCAUCCUUCUGGUUUGGGAAUGAGGACCGGGAGAUGUGCUGCCGCCGUAAGCCCUGAUUUGGGACCAGGUUUCCCCCUGAUUUUUGGCCGGGGAGCAGGAGGUGUGCUGGUGUUGUGUCCCAAGGUUGAGUCUGGGGACCAGGAGGUGCAUCCCCCUGGUUCCCAGCCUCCAUUUCCCCUUGCUUGGCAGUGUCCCCGUGCCCUUGAUGGGUCCCAUUUGGGGGCUGCAGGUGUGGUCCAGUCCAUAGGAGCACUGUGUGGGGCUGAGCAUCCCAUGUACCGCCUGCAGGGACAGCACUUGGCUGGAGCACAUCUGUGCCAUGGCACAGAGCAUCCCCGCUCCAGCUGUGUGUGACAGGCCCUGGAGAAGGCUGUGCUCUCCCCAGUAUUUGCAGCACCUCCGGCUCUGCCCAGCCCAGGCCAGGGCUGACAUCCCAGGGCUCAGUGGUGAUUUUCUGUCCCAUUUGCAUCAGUACGGCUCCCCCCAUACCUCACAGCCAGCACACGGAUGCAGCCCCCGCUGCCCCCCCUCCUGCUCCUCCUGGGUGGCCCCAAAUCCCCCUGGAUUUUCCUAACUGGGCAAUGAGGUUUGGAGGCUCUGGGUUCAUUGCUGUUAUUUUUACCCGGCUGUUGAGGAGCGGAGUGGAUGGGUUUAGCAGAGCUGGAAGCGGAGCGCUGGCAGGAGGAGAGCCCAGCCCUGAUCUACCCAACAGCUGGAGGUGUAUCUCCACGUAUUGAUUCGUGCACCCACAUCUGAGCCCUUCGGAAGAAUGUGACGUUGGAGGAACCUGGAGCUUUGCAAAGGCUUCGCUCAGAGACGUAACAAAUGUGACGGAAGGGGUGGAGACAGGAGGUGCGGUUGGAUCCCUUCGUCCUCCGUCGCAUUUCAGACGUGCCAGCAGCAGAGCGGGAUGGAGCUGCGGACCGUCAGAGCGGUGGCGGCGGACGCGCGGCUGCAGCGCGGGGUGUGCGACAGACCACAACUCGGACAACACGACGGCGAUGCUGCAGGAGUGGCUGCAGGCAGUGGGCAGCAAUUACCACUCGGUGGCAUGGAAGGCAGAAGAGGGGCCCAGUUCUUACCCCGACGAGCUCAGCCCCAAGCACUGGAGCGACAAACGCUAUGAAAACCUGAUGAGGCUGAAGCAGGAGGCUCUGAGCUACGCCCGGGGGCUGCGGGCGGAUUACAUCCUGUUUGUGGACACGGACAGCAUCCUGACCAACAACCAGACCCUCACCUUCCUCAUGGCGCAGAACAAGUCGGUGGUGGCCCCAAUGCUGGACUCGCAGACCUUUUACUCCAACUUCUGGUGCGGGAUAACACCCCAGGGCUUCUACCGCCGCACGGCCGACUACUUCCCCACCAAGAAUAGGCAGCGCCGGGGCUGCUUCGCCGUGCCCAUGGUGUACGCCACGUUCCUGAUCGACCUGCGGAAGGAGGAGACGGCACAGCUGGCCUUCUACCCACCCCACCCCAACUACACCUGGGCUUUUGACGACAUCAUUGUCUUUGCCUACUCCUGCCAGGAGGCCGGUGCUGAGGUCCACGUGUGCAACCAGCAGCGCUUUGGCUACAUCAACGUCCCCGUGAAGGCCCAUCAGACGCUGGAGGAUGAGCGCGUCAACUUUGUGCAUCUCACGCUGGAGGCCAUGGUGGAUGGUCCCCCCAUGCAGCGCUCCCGGCACAUCUCUGUCCCGCCCAAACCACUCACCAAAUUGGGCUUUGAUGAAAUCUUCCUCAUCAAUCUGGUGCGGCGGCCGGACCGGCGCCGGCGGAUGCUGGAGUCCCUGCAGGAGCUGGAGAUCACUGCGCGGGUGGUGGACGCAGUGGAUGGGAGCACCCUCAACAGCAGCGACAUCAAGGUGCUGGGGGUGGACCUGCUGCCGGGGUACUAUGACCCCUUCUCUGGCCGCACACUCACCAAGGGGGAGGUCGGAUGCUUCCUGAGCCACUACAACAUAUGGAAGGAGAUCGUGUCCCAGGGGCUGGAGCGGGUGCUGGUCUUUGAGGACGAUGUACGCUUCGAGGUGUCCUUCCCAGCACGGCUGCAGCAGCUGAUGGAGGAACUGGAGGAGGCACGGCACGACUGGGACCUCAUCUACCUGGGGAGGAAGCAGGUGAAUGCAGAGGAUGAAGCUCCUGUGGAGGGUGUCCAGAACCUGGUGGUAGCCGGGUAUUCCUACUGGACGCUGGCGUACGCCAUCUCCCUCCGUGGCGCCCAGAAGCUGCUGGCUGCCAAGCCCCUCUCCAAAAUGCUGCCUGUGGAUGAGUUCCUGCCCAUCAUGUACGACAAGCACCCCAACGAGGACUACAAGAGGCACUUUGCCCCACGGGACCUGCAGGUGUUUUCGGCUCACCCACUCCUGGUUUAUCCCACCCACUACGCCGGGGACAGCAACUGGCUGAGCGACACAGAGACCUCCACCAUCUGGGAUGAUGACUCCAAACAGACAGGCUGGGUGGGCUCGCAGAAGACCCUGAGGGACCCGCGGGAUGGUGGGGGGUACCUCCGCUCUGCAUCCCACGAUGAGUUCUGAGGGUGCUGGUGCUGGACAUGGACCCCCCCUGGGAGCAGCCAGACCCUCCUCACCCACCCAUGGGAAGGCGUCGGUGAGCAGAGGGCUUGCUCCUGCCUGGACCGUUAGCAGGGAUGCUCACUGCUUUUCUCCAUAGGGACCAGGCAUCGUGACCCAGGGGGAGCAUCGUUAAUCGGGUUCCCCUCCUGGGGUGCUCCAAAGUGGGAUUUGUCCCUGGGGCUCUUGGCAAGACGGUGCCCAGCCAGACAGAGGGGCUGCCAGACCAUGGUGCUCCGGCUCUGCACUCUCCCGAGUAGUGCAAACUGUUUUUUGGACAUCGCAUGUGGAUUUGCUGGUACAGGAGGAGGGGGGAAGGCCCUGAAGGUGCACAUGUGGCCUCCUGCCACCCCCCUGCCUGUUCCAUAUCUGGGCUGAAGCCCAGGAGGAUUAAAGCCAACUGUGUUGGAGCUGACAUCCCCGGCUGCAGGCUGUGCUGGGCAGAGCUGCGCCCAGAUAACACCGAUGACAAUGCCUUCCUCAUUUGUUCUGAUGUUCUCAGCGGAGGUUUUGGCCUUUGGACUGAAAACCUUUUGCUAAUUUGAGCACCGGGAUGUGCAGCUGAGUCCUGCUGGGCUCUGGCAUGUGUCACGUUUGUGGCCAGAUUUGGAAGAGGGUGUUUGCUUUACAAGA